AUGGAGGAAAGGGUUGUCUUCUGCGUCGGACUAGCUUUGCUUCCGCUUCUCUUUCCCUUUGCUUCCCCACUCAACGACGAAGGAAAGGCGUUGAUGUCAGUUAAGGCUUCAUUCAGUAAUGUAGCCAACGUGUUACUCGACUGGAACGAUGCCCAUGAUGAAGAUUUCUGUUCUUGGCGAGGAGUUUUCUGUGACAAUGUCACCCUCUCUGUGGCCUCCUUGAACCUGUCCAAUUUGAACCUUGGUGGAGAGAUUUCACCAGCCAUUGGAGAUUUGGGGAACUUACAAUCCAUAGACUUGCAGGGGAAUAAGCUUACUGGUCAAAUACCGGAUGAGAUUGGCAACUGUGCUUCUCUUACGCAUUUGGAUUUAUCUGAUAAUUUCCUGUAUGGAGACAUACCUUUCUCCGUUUCCAAGCUUAAGAAGCUGGAGCUUUUGAAUUUGAAGAACAAUCAGUUGACUGGUCCUAUCCCUACAACUCUAACCCAAAUUCCAAACCUGAAAACUCUUGAUCUUGCUCGGAAUCAGCUUACUGGUGAGAUUCCUAGGCUAAUAUAUUGGAAUGAAGUGCUGCAGUACCUUGGAUUGCGUGGAAACUCUUUGACUGGAUCACUGUCACCAGAUAUGUGUCAAUUGACGGGCUUGUGGUACUUUGAUGUUAGAGGCAAUAAUUUGACUGGCCCGAUCCCCGACAACAUUGGCAACUGUACAAGCUUUGAGAUCCUGGAUAUAUCAUAUAAUCAGAUAAACGGUGGAAUCCCAUAUAACAUUGGUUUUUUACAAGUAGCUACGCUGUCGCUUCAAGGGAAUAGAUUGACGGGAAAAAUCCCUGAGGUGAUUGGUCUAAUGCAGGCCCUUGCUGUUCUGGAUUUGAGUGAGAAUGAACUGGUAGGGCCAAUCCCACCAAUACUUGGCAAUUUAUCCUACACAGGGAAAUUAUAUCUCCAUGGCAACAAGUUGACUGGGCCAAUUCCUCCUGAGCUUGGCAAUAUGUCUAAACUUAGCUAUUUACAAUUGAAUGACAACAAAUUGCUCGGUACAAUUCCUGCUGAGCUUGGGAAGCUGCAGCAGUUGUUUGAGUUGAAUCUUGCCAACAAUGAACUGGAAGGUCCCAUUCCACAUGAAAUCAGUUCCUGCACGGCGUUGAAUCAAUUCAAUGUACAUGGGAACCACUUGACUGGGUCUAUACCUCUGGCAUUCCGCAAUCUGCAGAGUUUAACUUAUCUGAAUUUGUCAUCAAACUAUUUUAGUGAUAGAAUAGCUAUUGAGUUGGGACGCAUCAUCAAUCUUGACACACUGGAUCUGUCUAGGAAUAAUUUUUCAGGCCCUGUUCCAGCUUCAGUUGGUGAUCUUGAGCACCUUCUAACCUUAAAUUUGAGUGAUAAUAAUCUUGAUGGUUCUUUGCCAGCAGAAUUUGGGAGCCUUAGGAGUGUUCAAAUUAUUGAUAUGUCUUUUAACAAUCUUUCUGGAAGUAUACCAGCAGAAUUGGGUCAGUUGCAGAACCUUGUGGCGUUGAUACUUAAUAACAACAACUUGCAUGGAAGGAUACCUGAUCAGCUAACCAAUUGUUUCAGUCUUGCCACCUUGAAUUUCUCGUACAACAAUUUUUCUGGUGUUAUACCUCCCAUGAGGAACUUUUCACGUUUUUCACCAGACAGUUUUAUUGGAAACCCAUUGUUGUGUGGCGACUGGUUGGGAUCAAUAUGCAGACCUUGUGCUGCAAAAUCCAGGGCUAUAUUCUCCAGAACAGCAGUUGUUUGUAUGACAUUGGGCUUCAUCACAGUAUUAUCCAUGGUAAUAGUUGCGGUUUACAAAUCCAACCAAGCAAAGCAGUUAGUCAUGGGAUCUAGCAAGAGUGGGCAAGGUCCUCCUACACUUGUAAUCCUUCACAUGGAUAUGGCCAUACACACCUUUGAUGAUAUAAUGAGAAUUACUGAGAAUCUCAAUGAGAAGUAUAUUAUAGGAUAUGGUGCUUCUAGCACAGUGUACAAGUGUGUACUGAAGAAUUCCCGACCAAUGGCAAUUAAGCGAAUUUACAAUCGGUAUCCAGACAACAUGCGGGAGUUUGAGACUGAACUUGAAACCAUUGGCAGUAUCAAGCAUAGAAAUCUUGUUAGCUUGCAUGGGUAUUCACUGUCACCACAUGGAAAUCUCCUCUUCUAUGACUAUAUGGAGAAUGGAUCUCUCUGGGAUCUGCUUCAUGGACCAGCAAAGAAGGUUAAACUUGAUUGGGAAACAAGGUUGAAAAUAGCAGUUGGAGCUGCACAGGGACUUGCUUAUCUUCACCAUGAUUGUAACCCCCGAAUUAUUCACAGGGAUGUUAAAUCUUCUAACAUCUUGCUGGAUGAGAAUUUCGUGGCUCAUCUCUCUGAUUUUGGAAUUGCAAAAAGCAUCCCAGCUGCGAAGACCCACGCAUCAACUUAUGUUCUUGGAACAAUUGGCUACAUUGAUCCUGAAUAUGCUCGAACUUCUCGGCUGACUGAAAAAUCUGAUGUGUAUAGCUUUGGGGUUGUGCUUCUUGAGCUACUAACUGGGAAAAAGGCUGUGGACAAGGAAUCGAACUUGCAUCAAUUGAUAUUGUCCAAGGCGGAUACAAAUACAGUAAUGGAGACUGUUGACCCAGAGGUCUCUGUUACUUGCAUGGAUUUAUCUCAUGUCAGGAAGACCUUCCAACUUGCUCUGCUGUGCCUCAAGCGAAACCCUAUUGAGAGACCAACCAUGCAUGAGGUUGCACGGGUUUUAGUCUCCCUCCUUCCUGCACCUCCCACAAAACAUUGUUCCGUUUCGAAGGGCAUUGACUAUGCUAAAUUUGCGGUUGACAAGGGACAGCAGCAACCAAAAUUGCAGCAGCAGCAGCAACCGCAACAGCAACAGCAGCAUCCUGUUCAGCAAGAGAGUAAUUCAUCUGAUGCUCAUUGGUUUGAACGGUUUGGUGAAGUUAUAUCUAAGAACACGCUUUGA